AUGUCACGGCAGUAUGGAGACGAGAAUGACUACGAAUUUGUAUGCCGCACACGCGGACUGAUCAGCCUCACUCGACUGGAAUGCCUCUACAGGUCGGGUGCAGUAUCGGUCGGUGGUCAGGUCUGGUCUCGUCCAAACUGCGCUCGGGCUGAACGUGGAUGGUGGAUAAAAAGGGAAGUUGUCGACCUCAGAAGAAGAGGGUCAGCGGGUCCAAAGAUGUGCGCACUUGUUCGAGCGGCUUGUCAUUUGUCAUUCUCACUCUCCUCUUGCUUCUGUUCAUAUCAUGUCUGCAAUCUAGCCGAAAUGGGGCAACUUGUUUUGGCAGAAAGCCCUACGAGAGAAAUUAUAACACUCAAAGGAGAAAAAUAA